AGGCUUAAAAUAGGGUCUUGGAGCGUAGACAUGGAAGAGAAAGGAGAAAAGCUAUGCGAGGCGGCGAGGAUAGGCGAUGUGGCCGGCGUCACUUCGCUCAUCGACGCCGGGUACGAUGUCACUUACUUCGAUGCCGACGGAUUUACUCCAUUGAUGUAUGCUGCUAAGCUCGGCCACCACGAAGUCAUCAGUAAACUUCUUGAAGCUGGCGCUCCUUGGAACGCUCUUUCUCCUUCUUCUUUAUCUGCUGGAGAUUUUGCUAUGCAGAAUGGUCACCAAGACGCCUUCGACCUUCUUCUUAAUACCGUUUCUAACUCCUUUUACAGGGGUUCAAGCUGAAUUGAUCCUUGGUACCAUCGCAAGAAAAGAGAAAGAAAAUAGCCAUUCUGACGGGGGGUACUUGGUGGAUAGAGUUAGCUUUAGUGAGGAUAAGCUGAUGGACGCAGAUAGCAAGGCUGUUAUGAUGGCGUGGGAGAAGCCAUUAAUGGAGUCUCAUGCAAAAGCUGUCUGCUCUGGCGGAGGCCAUGUGUUGAAUGUUGGAUUUGGAAUGGGUCUGGUGGAUAUGGCCAUCCAGCAGUAUAAUCCUGUUUCACAUACUAUAAUCGAGGCUCACCCUGAAGUUUAUGAUCGUAUGCUUCGAAAUGGCUGGGGUGAGAAAGAAAACGUGAAGAUUUUGUUUGGUCGGUGGCAAGAUGUUCUUCCCCAACUUGGAUCCUAUGAUGGUAUUUUCUUUGAUACAUACGGAGAAUACUACGAAGACAUGAGAGAAUUCCACCAACAUCUUCCUAAAUUGUUGAAACCCGGGGGUAUUUACUCAUUCUUCAAUGGUCUUUGUGGAGAUAACGCCUUCUUCCAUGUCGUUUACUGCAAUAUAGUUUCCUUGGAACUUGAAAACUUGGGAUAUACCACACAGUUAAUUCCAUUGCCAGUUAAGGAUUGUCUAGCAGAAGAAGUUUGGGAAGGUGUAAAACAGAAAUACUGGCAAUUGGAUACAUACUACCUUCCUGUUUGUCAGUACACAGAUGAUUCUGAGUGAGUUCUGAAGUUGACACUCUUACAUGUUAUGAAGUCUUUUAAUGAACAUUGCUUGACCUAAAAUUGGGUGAAAUGUCAUCCUGUUAACUGAUCAGCAGCUUGUGUAAUUGUUACCAACUACAAAGAAGGAAACUGGUUGAUAAAGUUUACGUGUUCUGCAUUGAACUAUAUUGGUUUUGUAAUUUUGUUACUGACCGAGUAACGAUCAAGCUACUGGACUGUGGUUCAAGUGUGGUACAGUUUUCUGCUCAUCUUCAAUGCUAUUUGGCAAGUAUAAGGAUAUUGCCUACCUAAUUACAGUCUGUUAAUCUCUUUGUUAAAACUGUUACUUGAAAUGCUGUAUUUCAAAAAAUUAAUUAUUUCAAUCACAAGGAGUUGUCUUAUUUAGGAAUUGGAAAAUCAAUGAGAUAAGUCAGAUAACACUAUUCUUUAGUGAACUGUAUACAAAGUUUAUUAUUUGCACAA